AUGCAAUUUUAUAUUAUUAUCGUUUAUCUUAUGGUGCUACCAUGUUGUUUACUUGGUCAAAUAUCUUCAUCUUUAUCUAGUUCGAAUGUGAAUUAUUUUGUUGGAAAUCUAUCUGAAUCUUAUUCAUUUCAAGUUGCACCAUCAUCAAUUGAAGUAACUUAUUUAAGUUUAAAUGCUCAUCCAUUGUAUAUCAUCGGCAAUGGAUUUUCAAAUAAAUCAAAAUUUAAUUAUGAUGAAAAAACUAAUCGUUUAACAAUUUUUAAACUUGAUUCAUCUACAGUUGGCCAUUAUGCAGCUGUUGAUAAAAAAUGGCAAACAUUUACUUCUAUACUCAGUGCUGUUAAUGUUUCGUCACUUGAAAUUAAAAAUUAUCAUGUCAGUGAAGAUAAUAAUGUUGUGUCACCUUUAUCGUGUUCUGUAACAAUAAUACGUUCAACAUUUAAGUUAUCGGAAUCAACUUCAUCGUUAAAUGGUCAACAAUUGAAAACAACGGGCUCAGAAUAUUUACCCCGUCUUGAUUUAUUUAUUUCAACUCGAACAUCAUUAUCUAUGUUAUCCAAUAAAAAAGUUUAUAAUGAUACAUUCAAUAGAGAAUAUUUUACACGCACAAUUCAAAUUGAAGGUCCAUUAACACGUGCUGAUCAUAAUGGAAUAGUUCAAUGUCAAGUUGAAUCAAAUAAUCAGAUCGAUGUUUAUUUAAUGAAAAAUGUUUCAAUUGAUGUUGAAUACGGACCUUGUUUGGAAAUAGGCGCUUUGCCAAAAGUACAUUUAGAAAGUGAAGUAUAUAAAAUAUUUGAAAUGGAAUGCCAAAUUGAAGCUAAUCCAAAUCCAUCAUAUGUUUGGUAUGAAAUUUCAAGUAAUACAUCAAAGGAAUAUGAUCAAGUGAAUUAUAAUGGAUGGUCAACUUCAAAUGAAUUAAGAGUUUUUGGUAAAACUAGACAAAUUGAAAGAAUUUAUGAACAUAUAGGACAAUCUAUAAUGGAAUGCCAAGCACAAUCACGAGGAAAAACUGUUAAACAAGAAUUCAUUAUUUCUAUUUCUCCAAAAUUAAAUGCGUUGGAGAAAAAUUCAUAUACUGAUGGAGGUUCACGUAAAAUUUCAAUUCAUAUCCGAAUCAUUAUUGGUAGUAUUUUACUAUUACUUAUUACUUCUAUUAUUAUCACUACGAUUAUCUUUUCAAAACGACGGAAAAUGGAUCAAAUUGAAAAAAAUUCAAGUACUGAAAAGCUAUCAACUGAUAAACAAGGAAAAUCUCGUCGAGGGACUUUACCAAUUGAUUAUUCGAAAUGUAAAAAUGAAUCUUUGAAAAUAGACUCAUCAUCUACAUCAUAUCUAGUUGACUCUGCAGAAACUACUUCAAUGCAAGCUCCACCACCGAUUCCAGCUCGGCCAUCACCAAUGAUUAGUACUCAUUCAUCUUAUCGUCAAACUCCUCUAACAUCUGUAUCUCUAUCGUAUCGUCAAGCAAGUGCUCUUCCUGGUUUUCGUCCUUCAAUUCCAAUACGUUCGUAUUCUCCUGAACGUCAGGAUGUUGAUGAAUUAAGUGCAAGUAUUAAUGGAAUACCAUUAUCAACCAAUCGUUUGCGAACACAUACACCACUUGGUUCGCAUAAAUCUCUUUCGGAAUCAAUUCAGUCAUUACGAUCAAACCAACCAACGGGAAUUUCAUUACCUGUGAAAAAACGUUCACAAGAUAUACCACCCAUAUUAUCCAAACGUGAACAAAAAACACCAUCACCAAAUUCAUCACUAGCUAAAAAUGAUUAUCAACAUCAUCAUUAUCAUAAUCCAGCACAAUUGCGAGCACAACAACAAGCAAAUAAUGAUAAUACAUCAUCUGAAGAGGAAGAAUUCGAACAGCAGCGACAACAACCGAAUCAAAUAUCACAAGAUUCAGUGGCUACUAAUUCAACCACGGCAUCAGCAGGAUAUAAUCAAGUUAAUUUUGCUCCAGAGAAUGGACGUCGAAUAAUAAAACCACCAAUUGCUCAACAAAUGAUCGUUCAUCAACCAACAGGUAUGCCACGCGAUGAAGCGCCACCAUCAUAUCACGAAGUUACAAAUACAUCUUCUCCAUCUCAUGCUUAUAUUUAUCAGGAACCAACUGAAGUUUAA